UUCCUUUCCUACCACACUCUGCCCUGAACCGUACCUAGCUGUUGCUUAUUUGGGUUGGGGUCCAGGUGUGUGUUGUGCACCCAAGUGUGUUGGAUGGGAGGGCGUCUGGGGGUGUCUGCAUCAGGGUGUGGGCAGGUGUGUGCAUUUGCCCUGAGACAGAGGGCAGUUGUGUCUAUGGGUCCGCGUUGGUGUAUGAGCCUUGAGGCCGCACCAGACGGGUUCUAAUGACAAGUCACACGUGUGCAAUUUUUAGUUUCCAAAUGCUGCAGUUUGUUUUAUUUUUUCAUAACCAGUUUCCAAUUUUCUCUCCUUGCCAUCAUCUUUCCUGCUUUCUAGUAUCUUUAUAAUGACUAUAACAUUUUCUAUUAGCUUGUGGUUGCUUUUUUUCCUUCAUAUAUUUUUGUUUAUGUUGUACUAUACUACAGGAUAGUUUAUGAGUUGUUUACUGAAUGCAUUUAAAAUUAUACAAAUAAAUGUAUGGAUACCUGCUUUAUUAAAAAAUUCAAACAAUCUAGAACUAUGUAGUAAUAUAGUAUUAUAAGACAAAAGUCCCCAAUCAUCUCCACCCGCUAGUCCCACAUUCAACACUCUUCACCAUAUGUACCAUUCCAAAACUUUUUCUAAGCAUGAUAUAGUUUUUCUUUUUACAUAAAUGGGAUUAUAGCAUGCGUAUUGUUCUGUGGUACAAACAGUUUGUGCUUGGCUACUAAUCAAAAGAUUAGUAUUUUGAACCCAUCUAGCGGCACCAAGGAAGAAAGGCCUGGCAAUCUACUUCUGUAAAAACUGCAGCCAAGAGAAUCCUGUGGAGCUCAUUUCUACCCUGAAACACAAUGGGUCGCUAAGAGUCAGAAUCGACUCAACAACAACAGGCCCUGGAGGAGUCAGAGUCCAGGAGGGAGAAACCACAAGAGCCAGUGACAUGGACCUGGCCUGACCCCCACUCAGAGAGGAAGACAAGCUUCCUACACAGUGAGGACUCCUGGCCCUGCCCACAACCUGGGCCCACCUGUGCCAGCCACCUGCUCAUUCACAGCUCACCAGGGAGAUGGUGCUGACCCAGGGGCUGCUCCCCAUCAUCCUGCUGGCUCUGUACUGGAGACCCAGCAUGACAGGGGCCCAAGAGGCCAUCCCCCUGCAGAGCCUGCGCUGCUAUAAUGACUACACCAGCCGCAUUGAGUGCAGGUGGGCGGACACCGAGGCUACCCAGCGGCUCAUCAAUGUGACCCUCUACCACCGAAUGGACAAUGACCCUCCAGAACCAGUGCCCUGCAAUCUCAGUGACAACAAGCCCUGGUCAGACUGCCCUUCUCCACCCUGUGUAUCCAGAAGAUGUGUCAUCUCCCGCAGAAUCUUUGUCAUUGGUGACAAUGACUACUUCUCCUUCCAACCAGACAGGCCUCUGGGCACCCAGCUCACCGUCACUCUGACCCAGCAUGUCCAGCCCGCUGCACCCAAGGACCUGCAAGUCAGUGAUGCCAGGGACCGCUUCCUGCUGACCUGGAGGGUGCACCUUGGGGGCCUCCAGAGCUCCUGGCUAUCUGAGUGGCACCUGGAAUCUGAGCUGGUCUACCGGCGGCUUCAGGACUCCUGGGAGGUAAGGAGCCUCAGAAGUGCUGUCUACAAGGGCUUCCCCUUACUAUUUGGCCACAAUCUGGUUGGGGAAAAGGGUCAUCUCGGUGUUGCUGAAGGCCUUUUAGAGCUGUGCAUUGAGGAUUUUCUGCUUUCAACUGCGGGGGCCACAAAGACCCCAAGAGGGGAGGGACCUGGGGCCCCAGGGUCCUGGGCCAAUAGAGAUAGCACGUGGGAUGAGCAGGGAAUGCUGGGAAUAUUGCGUGCGAGGGUGGGAGCUGGACACUCCCUGAAGGUCUCUCUCCCUCCAGUCCAGAUGGGCCGCCCAACUGUCAAUGUGACCAAGGAUGGGGACAGCUACAUCCUGCGCUGGGAAGCACAGAAGCAAUACUACGAUCACAUAGUUUACACCUUUGAGGUCCAGUACAGGAAGGACACCGUCUCAUGGGAGGAGAGCAAGACACAGCCCCUAAAAAAUAUGCACAGCAUGUCACUGCCACCUCUAGAGCCCUCCACCAGGUACUGGGCCAGAGUGAGGGUCAAGCCCACCCUCAGCAGCUACAACGGGAUCUGGAGCGAGUGGAGUGAGGAGUGUUCCUGGGACACUGAGUGGGGUAGGUCUGCUAGCCUCCACCCGCCCUCCUGGGACAGCCCAGCCUGGCAGGAAACGGGGGAGGGGGGAGACAGAGAUUUCAGGCUUCAGGCCCCACCCCAACCAGAGAGGGACCCCUCAGGCAGAAAGGAGAGCUGGACACCAGGCCCAAAGGAGGAAAGAAGAGGGGAGUCCAGGAGGUGGCCCAGCCUGUGCGGGGCUCAGGGCCUGCGCAGCAGGAAGAAGUCUCCCGAGAAUGCCUCCCAUUGCACCACUUCUUCCUGGAAAGGCUCUUACUCUCCCGGGCCAUGGGACAGCCAUGUCCCAGAGCUGGAGGGGGUGUUCCCUGCACACUGUGGGGACAGCGAGGUGUCACCGCUCACCACAGAGAACCCUAAAGACGCCUGUGACUCGCCGUCUGAGCCUGACAUGACUCCGGCCACCUUGGAGCCCAUGGAGCAGCCUCCUGGCCCCUCAAGCAGGACUGAAAGCGAGGCUUCCAGUUUCGACUUCAAUGGCCCCUACCUCAGGUCACCCCAGAGCCACUCCCUGCCUGACAUCUGGGGCCAGCUGACAUCCCUCGAUGUGGGCAGGAGCAGGAAGCCACUGCCACCAGGGUCCCUGGAGUACCUGUGUCUGCCCGCUGGGGGACAGGUGCAGCUGGUCCCACUGUCCCAGGCCAUGGGGCAGAGGCGGGCCAUGGAUGUGGAUGGGGUGCCCAGCCCUGGGGCUGAGGGGAGCUUCUCCCUGGGUUCAGGGGAAGGCCCUGCCCCUCCUCCGCCUGGGCCCAUGACGGGUACACAGGAUCCAAAGGACAGCCCAUCUGCUCUGCACACUGGUGCUGGGGGCCCCCAGGACAGUGUUGUGGCCUCUGGCUAUGUCACCUCUGCAGACUUGGUGUUCACCUCAGCCCCAGAGGCCCUGUCUGGCUCCCUGACUCCCCCUCUGGGUCACCCCUCUCACCAGAACCCCAGCCCCUGUCCUGGACUGGCCAGUGGACCCCCUGGAGCCCCAGCCCCCCUGCAGCCAGGGUUUGAGGACUAUGUGGAGCUCCCUCCAACCACAGGCCAGCCUCCCAAGUCCCCUCUCUGCAGCCCUGCUUCUGCUGAACUCGGCAGCCCUGUCCUGAGCCCAGGGGAGCCCCGGGCACAUGAGGCCCCUGGGUCCCCCCACCCCGAGGGGCUCCUUGUCCUGCAGCAGGUGGGUGAUUACUGCUUCCUCCCUGGAUUCGGGCCUGGCCUGCUCUCGCCCCGGAGCAAGCCCUCUUCCCCAGACCCUUCUCCUGAGAUGGGGGGCCUGGACCAGGUGUCCCAGGCCAAGAAGCCCCCAGGCCCAGUCAUGCCCCAGGUGCCAGCCAUUCAGCUCUUCAAAGCAAUGAAGCAGCAGGACUACCUGUCGCUGCCCCCGUGGGAGGUGGGCAGGCCCAAGGAGGUGUGUUGAGACCCCCGACCCCAUGGAGGGCUCAAGGGCAGAGGGUCAGCCUACCCUCCUGCCUGGCCUUCUCUUCCUGCCAGCCCCUUGUCCCUUCCCAGUCAUUCCUCAAAGUCAAGGAGAAGCUUCCAUGUUGAAAUAGAUGGAGACCUGGAAAAUAAGCCCACCAUUCUACCACUCCCCUCCCCGUUGACUUCUAGCAAAUCACAUCUCCUCUUUCUCUCUCUCUCACACAAACACACACACACACACACAC